GAAUUUAUGGUCGCGAGCAACCGAUGUUAACUUCGCGCACACGCUAACGGGGCUCGUCGUGCUACAAUGGCGUUACAGCUCCGCCACGUAGCCUAAUGAAAGCGGAAUAAAAUUCGAUGCGGAUUCACAACGAGGAGCUGUCCACGGUAUUCGAGGUGCUGAUGCGGGUCUGAGCGACGAUAGCUAGCUAGCAUGGCUGCCGGGAGACUGCUGCUAUACGCCGGCCUCUUCCUCUCUCUGUGCGCCCUUGGGAUGCUGGCCGUGGCGAUCUGCUCGGACCACUGGUACGAGACGGACGCCCGGCGGUACAGGGACCGGUGUCGGAGCUUCUCCAGCCGCACGAACAAGAUCCAUCCGGGAUUCAUCUACAUCCCCAACAACAGUCUCCCGUUGCGUGCGAGCAGGUCGAGGCUGGACCGCUGGGAGGAGAAGCUACCGCUCGCCCGGAAUCAGCGGCAGCUGUUCGCCAUGAGCACGGCGGAUGAGUGCAGUCGACGGUAUAACUCCACCAACACGGGGCUCUGGAGCACAUGCCAUCGGCUGGGAUUCCACCAGGACAUCGAGGACCUCAUUCGGAAAGGUUCCAUUCCUAGAUGCUCCUUCAUCAAAUACCAUUACUCCUCGGCAGUGAUACCGAAGAAUCUGUCCUACAACAUCACAAAGACCAUCAGACAGGACGAGUGGCACUCCCUCCACCUGCGGCGAAUGACGGCUGGCUUCAUGGGCAUGGCGGUGGCCAUCGUGCUGUUCGGCUGGGCGGUCGGGGCCCUGGGGGGCUGCUGGGACCGGGGGCUCAUGCAGUACGUGGCUGGCCUCCUCUUCCUCAUGGGGGGCACGUUCUGCAUCAUCUCCCUGUGCACGUGCGUGGCGGGGAUAAACUUCGAGCUGUCGCGCUACCCGCGCUCCCUGUACGGGCUGCCCGACGACAUCGGCCACGGCUACGGCUGGUCCAUGUUCUGCGCCUGGGGCGGCCUGGGGCUCACGCUGAUCGCCGGCUUCUUCUGCACGCUGGCCCCCUCCGUCCAGCCCCUGCCGCGCUCCGCCUGCCCCAAAACACGGCCCGAGAACGGCACGGUGUGCUAAGGGAAGCUGCAGCGACGCCUCCCCCGCGCCACCAGGGGGCGAACUGACCUGCAUUAGGAACCUGGCAGGGACUCCAGCCUGUGCAGAGUGACAGAGGAAGACUAAACAUGCCUACCGUACAUCCAGAAUCACUUCCAAUCUGUCUUGGAUAUUAUGGAUACAGACGUUAAUAUUUUUAUUGUGUGUGCGUGUGUGUGUGU